AUUUCAUUCUCAAAUUGAAGUGCCGUGUUGACAAGGUUAGGGUUAGGGUUUUGAGGCGCGGGAAAAGAGUUUUGGGGAAAAUGGAUGCCCAGAUUGAUCACUAUGCGGUGCUAGGGUUACCAUCGGGAGAAGAAGGUGCCAAGCUAACGGAGAAAGAAAUCAACAAGGCCUACAGAUGGAAGGCUCUGGAACUGCACCCCGACAAGAGGCCCGACGACCCCAACGCCGCCGCCAACUUCCAACAGCUCCGCACAUCCUACGACAUUCUCCGGGAUGACAAGGCCCGUAAGUUAUUCGACGAACUAUUGCGUGUCAAGCGCGACCGCGAGCUCCGCCACUCACAGCGCGAUGGAAAGCGCCGCAAGAUGGUUUCCGAUCUCGAACGCCGGGAGCGCGAUGCCAACGCCCCCGACCUCGCUGCCAAGGAGCGUGAAGAGGAGGCCAGGAUCGCGCGCCAGCUCAAGGAGGAGAUCGCUAGAAUUCGUGCCAUGCACGGCAUGAAGGCGGCGCCACCACCUCCACCGGAGACGGAGAAGGAGAGUGGCCGUGGCCGUGCUGGUGGGGGAGGUGGAGUGGAUCAAGAGAAGGUUCUGAAGGUUUCUUGGGAAAAGGUGGGUGAGGAUUAUUCGGCUGAUAAGUUGAGGGAAUUGUUUUCAGAGUUUGGUGAAGUGGAAGAUGUUGUCAUCAAAGGGAGCAAGAAGAAGGGUUCUGCACUCGUUGUUAUGGCCACUAAAGAAGGAAGUGUUGCUGCAACGGGAAGUGUGAUCGGUCAUCUUGCUAAUCCGUUGCUGGUUUUACCUCUUAAACCGGCAACUAUUGCAGAUUCUUCCAGUUUUCCGAAGUCCGCUGAAACUGCCAAAUUGAGUAAUCUGGUUGGUGCUGGGUAUCAAGCUUUUGAGGAUUCUGUUCUGAAGAAACUGCAAAAGGCUGCGGAAAAGCAAAAAUGAUGCUGUCAGAAUGAUAAGCAUAAGAUUCAGUUAUUUGGCUUGGUCAUCCCCAAUUCUAUGUUUAGGUACAGAAAUUACCAUUGUAAUGAUUCAUCACUAGUAAUCUGUCAACUGAUCUUUCUGUAUCCAGAUAUACUAAUUGAGGAGUAGCAUACUAGAGACGACUGUUCACUGUAGAAAUUUUAUGUCAUCAUCUAGUUGGUCUUGCCAGCAUAUUACAUGGUACAAACUUUAUGAUUCUCCUACAGAACUGUGACUGGUACAUGGGUGCAGAAAUUUACGAAACAAUGUGAAAUUUAAAUCA